AUGGGGUUUCCAGAUAAGCCAUCUGCUCAUCUCUUGGGCGCCAAUGGCCCGGUCCAUGCCCUUGCAUACUCCGCCUCUCCAGGCACCUACAUCCUCACCGGUUCAGCGGACCGAUCUAUCCGCCUCUACAACCCAUUUCCCAGCACAUCUGGUCCUGGUGAUCGCCACAGCGUUGUUCCUCAGGGUCGACUGAUUCAGACUUAUGCUGCUCACGGCUAUGAAGUCUUGAGCCUCUCUGUCGCUGCCGAUAAUGAACGGUUUGUGUCGGCUGGUGGUGACCGCAGUGUGUUCCUUUGGGACGUGAGCACUGCUGUUACGACUAAGCGAUUUGGCGGUAACGUCCAUGGCCACACGGCUCGUAUUAAUUGUGUGAGCUUUGCGGGAGAAGGUGAUUCUAUUAUUGUCAGCGCAGGCUUUGACACUACGGUGAGAUUGUGGGAUACGAAGAGCAACAGCUUCAAGCCUAUACAGGUUCUCGACGAUGCCAACGAUGCCGUGACAUGUCUCGUUGUCCGUGGCCCCGAAGUCCUCGCAGGGAGCGUCGAUGGCCGUGUACGCAGCUACGAUAUCCGCAUGGGAAAAGUCACAACCGAUGUGAUAGGCGCACCCGUUACGAGUCUCAGUCUCACCCGCGAUGGACGCACCAUGUUGGUCGGGAGUCUCGACAACAAACUCCGACUGAUGGACCGCGACAAUGGCUCCUGUCUCCGCGCAUACACCGACCCAGGAUGGAAGAACGAAGAUGUCAAGCUGCAGGCGCUGCUGGGCGGCAAAGAGAAGUACGUAGUGGUUGGCGAUGCGAUGGCCGGUGAGCCUGCACCUAACGGACAUGGAAGGAUAUGGGCUUGGGAUUUGUUGACGGGAAAGGUGGCGGCUAAAGUGACAGUUCCUUGGGGGCCAGAAGGGUUUGAACCAAAGAAGAAGGCUGUUGGCCGGGAUGGAAAGGAGAAGGUGAGGAGUAAUGUUGUGAGUUGCAUGGCGUGGAGGGAGGAUGGUUGGGGAGAUCAGUUCUGCGUUGGUGGAACAUCAGGCGUGGUGACGGUCUACGGAGCCUUGUAG